GGCGGGGCGCGGGGCCCCGCGGGCGGCGGCUCCGGAGGCGGAGCAUGUCGUGGUUCAGCGGCAUCCUGGUGCCCAAGGUGGACGAGCGGAAGACGGCAUGGGGGGAGCGCAACGGCAAGAAGGGCCCCCGGCCCCGCGCCGGCCUCUGCGGCCCCCGCUACAUGAGCUGCCUGCAGGACCCUGAGAUGGAGAGGGGCGCGGGACCCCCCCGGGGGCUGCGCUGCACCUGGCAGGAGGACCACUAUGGCAAGAAGGGGCCUGCGGGCGACCUGGGACUCAAAUCGGUGGACGGGGCCCUGGAGGACGGCGAGGCCAAGGGCCCGAAGGGGGUCGGGGGACACGGGGGGCGGCCGUCGGCCGGCGAGUGCUGGCGGCGGCUGCUCCAGGUUUUCCGCUCCAAACGCUUCCAGUCGGCCAAACUGGAGCGGCUCUACCAGCGCUACUUCUUCCAGAUGAACCAGAGCAGCCUGACGGUGCUGAUGGGGGUGCUGGUGCUGGUCUGCGGGGUGAUGCUGCUCUUCCUCUGCCUGCCCGGCGCCCCGCACGUGCCGGCGGCCGCCGCGCUGGCCGGGGCCACGGCCCUGUUCCUGCUCCUCAUGGUGCUGUGCAGCCGCAGCGCCUUCCCCCAGGACUACAUGUGGGUGGUGAGCUACGUGGUGCUGGGGCUGCUGGCCGGGGUGCAGGCGCUGGGGACGGUGGCCGUGUCCCCCCGGAGCGCGGCCGAGGGCGUUUGGUGGAGCGUCUUCUUCAUCUACAUCACGUACACGCUGCUGCCGGUGCGGAUGCGGGCGGCCGUGCUGGCCGGGGUCCUGCUCUCCGCCCUGCACCUCGCCAUCGCCUGGCACCGCAACGCCGCCGACCCCUUCCUCUGGAAGCAGCUCAGCGCCAACGCCCUCAUCUUCCUCUGCACCAACGUGGUGGGGGUCUGCACCCACUACCCCGCCGAGGUGUCGCAGCGCCAGGCCUUCCAGGAGACCCGCGGCUACAUCCAGGCACGGCUGCACCUCCAGCGGGAGAACCGGCAGCAGGAGCGGCUGCUGCUCUCGGUGCUGCCGCAGCACGUGGCCAUGGAGAUGAAGGAGGACAUCAACACCAAGAAGGAGGACAUGAUGUUCCACAAGAUCUACAUCCAGAAGCACGACAACGUCAGCAUCCUCUUCGCGGACAUCGAGGGCUUCACCAGCCUGGCCUCGCAGUGCACGGCCCAGGAGCUCGUCAUGACGCUCAACGAGCUCUUCGCCCGCUUCGACAAGCUGGCGGCGGAGAACCACUGCCUGCGCAUCAAGAUCCUGGGGGACUGCUACUACUGCGUGUCGGGGCUGCCGGAGGCGCGGGGGGACCACGCUCACUGCUGCGUCGAGAUGGGCGUCGACAUGAUCGAGGCCAUCUCGCUGGUGCGCGAGGUGACGGGGGUGAACGUGAACAUGCGCGUGGGCAUCCACAGCGGGCGGGUGCACUGCGGGGUCCUGGGGCUGCGCAAGUGGCAGUUCGACGUCUGGUCCAACGACGUCACCCUCGCCAACCACAUGGAAGCAGGAGGCAAAGCCGGGCGCAUCCACAUCACCUGGGCGACGCUGCAGUACCUGAACGGCGACUACGAGGUGGAGCCGGGGCACGGGGGCGAGCGCAACGCCUACCUCAAGGAGCACAACAUCGAGACCUUCCUCAUCGUGGGCUGCAGCCAGAAGCGCAAGGAGGAGAAGGCCAUCCUGGCCAAGCUGCAGCGCGCUCGUGCCAACUCCACCGAGGGGCUGGUGCCACGCUGGGUGCCCGAGCGCUCCUUCUCCCGCACCAAGGACUCCAAGGCCUUCCGGCAGAUGGGCAUCGAUGACUCCAGCAAGGACAACCGAGGUGCCCAGGAGGCCCUGAACCCCGAGGACGAGGUGGACGAGUUCCUGAGCCGGGCCAUCGACGCCCGGAGCAUCGACCAGCUCCGCAAGGACCACGUCAAGAAGUUCCUGCUCACCUUCCAGACACCUGAGCUGGAGAAGAAGUACUCCAAGAAGAUCGACGACCGUUUCGGUGGCUACGUGGCCUGUACCCUCCUGGUCUUCUGCUUCAUCUGCUGCCUCCAGAUCCUGGUGUUCCCCCACUCCCCGCUGAUGCUCGGUGUCUACGUCAGCAUCUUCAUCGUGCUCGCCGCCAUCCUCUUCGUCUGCGCCGUCUACUCCUGCGUCACCCUCUUCCCCACCGCCCUGCAGAGGCUCUCCCGGAGCAUCGUCCAGUCCCGCGCCCGCAGCACCGGCAUCGCCGUCUUCACCAUCCUCCUCGUCUUCAUCGCUGCCUUCGUCAACAUGUUCUCCUGCAGCCGCGUGGCCCUGCGGGAAUGUGCCGCCCGGGAGCUCAACGUGACCCCCGAGGCCGUGGGGCCCUGCCAGCUCCGGGCCCUCAACUUCUCCCUGGGGACCCCCCCUGGCUCCUGCCACGGCGACGGGCUGGCCUGUGACUUCCCCGAGUACUUCAGCUACAGCGUGGUGCUGAGCCUGCUCGCCUGCUCCGUCUUCCUGCACAUCAGCAGCAUCGGGAAGCUGCUGCUCAUGGUGGCCAUCGAGGCCACCUUCCUGCUGCUGGUGGAGGGGCCUCACGCCGCCCUCUUCGACAACGCCGACCUGCUGGUCGUGGCCAACGCCCUGCCCUCCUUCAACGUGACCCAGGGCGAGUGCCCCGCGGAGGGGAAGGUGGCCCUGCGGUUCGUCACCCCCGCCGUCCUGGCCGUGUUCGCCCUGGCCCUUUACCUGCACGCGCAGCAGGUCGAGUCCACCGCCCGCCUCGACUUCCUCUGGAAGCUCCAGGCAACGGGUGAGAAGGAGGAGAUGGAGGAGCUCCAGGCCUACAACCGGCGGCUGCUCCACAACAUCCUGCCCAAGGACGUGGCCGCGCAUUUCCUGGCGCGGGAGCGGCGCAACGACGAGCUCUACUACCAGUCCUGCGAGUGCGUGGCCGUGAUGUUCGCCUCCAUCAGCAACUUCUCCGAGUUCUACGUGGAGCUGGAGGCCAACAACGAGGGCGUGGAGUGCCUGAGGCUGCUCAACGAGAUCAUCGCUGACUUCGACGAGGUGCUGGGGGGAGCGAGGGGCGACGAGGGCAGGGGGGUGCGGGAUGUGUGGAGCUCCUCCGUGUGCCCCCCAGGCCUGAACAUGGGCCCGGUGGUCGCGGGGGUCAUCGGGGCUCGCAAGCCCCAGUACGACAUUUGGGGCAACACCGUCAACGUCUCGAGCCGCAUGGACAGCACGGGGGUCCCCGACCGCAUCCAGGUGACAACGGACCUGUACCAGGUGCUGGCGGCCAAGGGCUACGUGCUGGAGUGCCGGGGGCUGGUCAAGGUCAAGGGCAAGGGGGAAAUGACCACCUACUUCCUCAACGCCGGCCCUGGGGGCAGUUAGGGGGGGUCCUCAUGGUGCCCCCCUCAACCCCCCCCCCCCUCCGGGGGGCUCCCUCAGCCUGUGCUGGGGCCAGGCGAGGGAAAAAAAAGAGAAAAAUCCCCAAAUCCACGUAUUAAAAAAAAAAAAAAAGAAAAAAAAAGGGAGAAACGGACACAAGGGAGGUGGUUGGAGGGGGGGGCGGUGAGACCCCUCUGUGCUCCCCCCCCACCCCAAGGUGGUGUUUUGGGGGGGUGUUUCCCAGGCCUGCACCGGGGUGUUUUAUUUUGGUGGUGGGGGGGUCAGGGCAGGGUGAACCCACCCCCCCCCUUCCUUUGCCGAAACCCCUCCAUGUGCCAAAGAGGGGAGAUGGGGCCCCCCCAAGGGAAGGUUUUGGGGGGGGGUUGAGGGUGGGGGUGUCCCCAGCCCCCUCCAUGUGCCAAAUUGAAGUGCCGCCUGCGGGGGGGGGGGUUGGGAGGGUCGCAGGCCCAGCACCUCCGCAGCCCCCCCACCCCCCCGGGGGUCCCAGCUCCCUCUGGGGGGGGCUGCAGCGGGGAG